ACCCCCACGUUCCCUAUCAACACCAUAUGGCAUUAGACUCGAAGAAGCUUGAAAGACAGAAAGUCGUCCUUGUCACGGGAUGUUCGAAGGGAGGCAUUGGCUUCAACCUUUGCGAGCGCUUUGCUGGACAAGGAUGCAUCGUCUAUGCCACUGCUCGACGACUGGAAACUAUGGAUGACUUCAGCGACCCAACAAUCCAUAAGCUUGUGCUUGACGUUACGAAUGAAAGUAAUAUUCAGGACGUAGUGAAAACCAUUUUGGACGACACCGGCAGAAUCGAUGUACUUGUCAACAACGCGGGAGGAAUUUCUAUUGGUCCUCUCCUCGACGUUUCAAUGGACCAAGCAAGAAAAACCUUUGAAGUAAAUACGUAUGCUCCUCUGCAAGUCGCGAAGGCUGUCCUGCCAUCUAUGGUGGAGCGCAGAAGUGGCCUCGUGGUGAAUAUUGGGUCUGUUGUCGGUGAAAUUCCCACGCCCUGGAAUGGCCUCUAUUGUGCAUCUAAGGCAGCACUUCACUCCAUCAGUGAUGUGUUAGCAAUGGAAUGUGGUCCUUUCAAUGUCAAAGUAAUGCUCGUUGCACCAGGUGGUGUCAAAUCCAACAUCUCAAGCAACCAAGCAGCCACUUACAACAUGCCGCUCGACUCAUUGUACAAGCCUUACAUCGAUAAGAUCAUUGCACGUAUGAACAUCAGCCAAUCCAAAGGUGCUUUGGAUACGGACGAGUUUGCUAAAACAGUAGUAUCAAAAAUUUUGAGCCCCAGUCCACCAACGUAUUAUUCGUUGGGUAAAAACACUGUUCGUAUCUCCUUCUUGAAGUGGCUACCCAGGGCUUUGGCACUUUGGCUUACCUGGAGAUCGAUUGGAAAGAUUUGAUGACAAUACUCGUAAUUUCGUCGACUGCUCGGAGUAUCCUGUAGUCCAAAUUUGUCUUUUUUGCUACUAUUUUUUUUACUAAUGUAUCUUGUGGGGUG